CACACGUGAUAUUAACAAAACAUUUACACUGGUAUUUAUGUAAUUAGCCAUACCCUAGCAAAAUGUGGAUUUGAAGUCAUGAAGAAAAUACAACUACAGGUAAAAUAUUUAUUUUACAAUAUUUGGCUAAUUCAUAUUUGACAUUUAUUGAGGUACCAUAGAAACAGUUUCAAGUCCCAAAAUAUUGUACAGUUAAAUGAAAAUUAAACUAGCUACACAAUAUUUAUAAGUGUAUCUAUUGAUAUAAAGCACCAUAGAUAGAUGGAUAGACAUUUAAAAAUGACCACACAUACGUGAUAUUAACAAAACCAUUAUGCUGAUAUUUAUACAAUUAGCCAUACCCUAGCAAAAUGCGGAUUUAAAGUUAAUAAAAUAUAAGUACAGGUCAAAUAUUUAUUUUACAAUAUUUGGCUAAUUCAUAUUUGACAUUUAUUGAGGCACAAUAGAACCAGUCUUACAUCCCAAAAUAAGGCACCGUCAAAUGAAAAUUAAACUAGCUACACAAUAUUUACAAGUGUAUUGAUAUAAAUCAGCAUAGAUAGAUAUAGUCGGGUACAUGCAGGUGGGAUGAUGCCAAAUUAGGGGGCGUGUGGUGUUUUGGGGGGAGACGUUCACGCCGUGGCAGCUCCGCCCCCGCGUGGAUGCUCGACGUGCACGCGCAACGUUGUGAGGUGCCGUGGCGAUGUCUGCCCACCCGCCUUCUUUGUCCCUCUUCACGUCCUCUACCUGCAACGGGAAGCUGGGCCGACCAGCGCCGCCGCCGCCGCCGCCUUCGUCGUUUCCGAGCAUCCCAUGAAGUGCUCUCGACUUGCAGACGUCGCGUCGUUCGCUCUUUCGGCUGUGACACCCCCCCCCCGUCCCCCCUCCCCCUUCCACUCACCACCCUCGUCUUCCGUACCCACAUGGAAGAUGUUCCCGUUUAGCCGCCGGGUUCCCCUGGCUGGGCCGCUUUGUCAAGUGGCUUCCGCAUGUGUUUAGAUUUUUGGAACCCCAGCCGCAUCCCCCUCCUUUCGUCCCGUCCCAACUGGAGCCCCCCAUGCACGACUUCUUUUGUCAUCAUGUCCCCAGCGUCGGCCGCGGCGGCCACUGAAAGCAGCACCUGCACCGUCGCCCCAGAAGAGGAGCCGGAACCGGAGCCAGAGCCGGAGAGUCCUCGACUUGAGCUGCGGCCUCAGAAACAGUCCCUGCUCAAGUCGUUGUGCCAGGAGACACACUGGAAAUGCCUGCUGCUGUCCCUGCUCAUGUACGGCUGCGUGGGCGCCGUGACCUGGUGCCAGGUGACCACCGUCACCCGCCUCUCCUUCGACAGCGCCUACAAGGGCAAAUCAAUGAUGUACCACGACAGUCCCUGUUCCAAUGGCUACAUCUACAUCCCCCUCGCAUUCCUGGUCAUGCUCUACGUGGUCUACUUGGUGGAGUGCUGGCACUGCUACACCAGGAACGAGAUGCAGUUCAAAGUGGACGUGGAAAAUGUGGCCGACCGCGUCCGGAGGAUGAAGCAGGCCACGCCGUGCAUCUGGUGGAAGGCCAUCAGCUACCACUACGUGAGGAGGACGCGGCAGGUGACGCGCUACAGGAACGGAGACGCGUACACCACCACGCAGGUCUACCACGAGAGGGUCAACACGCACGUGGCCGAAGCCGAGUUCGACUACGGGAACUGCGGUGUGAAGGACAUCUCGAAGCAGCUGCGGGGCUUGGAGUGCUUUGCCAUCACCAAGCUGAGGUUCACCAAGUGCUUCAGCUUUGCAAACGUGGAAUCGGAGAACUCUUACCUGACGCAGCGAGCCAGGUUUUUCACAGAGAACGAGGGCCUGGACGACUACAUGGAGGCCCGCGAGGGCAUGCACCUGAAGAAUGUCGACUUUAAGGAAUACAUGAUUGCCUUCUCCAGCCCGCAUCACCUUCCCUGGUACGCAUCGCAUUCCACUUUCUGGACAGCGGCUGCUUUGACUCUCUCCUGGCCGUUACGGGUCCUGACCGAGUAUCGGACCGCUUGCGCCCACUACCACGUCGAGAAGCUUUUCGGCUUCGACUAUGUGCCGGCGAUGACUUCCGAGGAGCGUCCUUGUUGCAGGCACAUCCCGCGUGUCAACACCAUCGACAGCACGGAGCUGGAGUGGCACAUCCGCUCCAACCAGCAACUGGUGCCCAGCUACUCGGAGGCAGUUCUGAUGGACCUGGCCCAGCUGUCGGGCAGCUGCCAGAACUACUCUGCUUGUCGCCGCUACGGCAGCUACAGGCAAAAUUGCCAGCGGUGCCACCGCGCCAUCAGCAACUCCUCCAUCUUCUCUCGCAGCGCGCUGAGCAUCUGCAACACGGCGAGCCCGCGCCUUCCCUUCAGCGCCAGUCGCUUCUCGCUGGGCCGGCUCUACGGCUCCAGGCGGAGCUGCCUGUGGCGGAGCAGCGGGAGCUUGAACGAGCCCGCCAGCCGCCCCACGGAAAGCACGCGCUGCCUCUCGGGCCAGCACGGCGGCGAGGAGAGCCCGCCGGCAUACCAGGAUGCGCUCUACUUUCCCGUACUGAUCGUACACAACAACGAAGGCUGCCUCAACCACGACCAUCGCUCCCUCCACAGAAAUGGCUCCUGCGUGGAGACGUCUCUAUAACCCUCCAACAAGAUACAACGCAAGGAUACAUGACCUUAUUGUCGGUUCAGGUACCGUGGCUUAAGAAGCUAGUUUGUCAGGUAAGGGCAUCUACUGAGCUGUAAAGACAAUUAUCAAAUAGCUAAGAAGCACUAAAGGCCCUGCAGUUGAGAUAUUUAUCAAAUUAAUACCAUGUAAGCUUAAAACAUUUGCAAGAAAUCCAGUGGAACCUCUUUAAGGUGAAUACAAACACAGACUUCUGAAAUAUAUAGAUUUGGAAACCAAUUUCCCCAAUGAUUAAUCAAAAUGCAAUCAUGCUCAAAAACAUUAUUAUCAACAACUAUUUAUAUGUAUCUAUAUAUUUGCUCCCAAAAGUCAUUCUUUCAUUAGCAAUGACAAUCUGGCAAUAAGAAAAAGAAAUAAAAUUGGUAAUCCUGAUUGAUGGCUAACGCUAACGGGCGGUGCUAAUGCUAACACGGCGGCGCUGAGGCUAACUAGCGCUGCGGCUGUGAAAAAAGUCGCGGUUUGUAGGCCGGGAAUUACGGUACUCAUCAAUUUCCUUUCUGUGUGUGAAAUCUAGGUCGGUUUGGUUUCUUUUCUUUUAUGAUCUAUGAAUAGCAACGUGUGGCUAUUCAGGUUAGUCGUACCUUCUGCUAUCCAACGUUUGAGCAUUCAGUUCUGUUAAUAUACAUCACUGGCAUAGAUAGAUGAAAAAGGAUACCAUCUUUGUCAUGAAUAAAAGGGAAACUUGGUAGUGGAAUCAGUAAUAUACACAAUGUUAUAGGGCACAUUUUAACUUGUGUUACAUAUUUGUAAAAAUAAGUCAUACGGUUGAUCAUAAAAUGGAUGAACAGAAAAAAAAAGUCAACAUGGAGGAUAAAUGACAAAAGCAUA